UGACUGGACCAGUAAAACAAGACAGGAUCAACAUUCCGUCAUACAUACCCCCGGUUUCUUUCUCGCGGGACUGUCCAGUCUGAAACAUCGCGAAGUUUCCUGCUAUUUUGUAUUUUGGUGGCAGCAGACAGCAGGCAGAGAACCAGGCAGCAACUCCGUGGAGGCAAGUCCAAGAAAGGUGGAGACUCCUGCUCAACUUCCUGCACAAUAAUCUUAAAGCACCACCAAGAGAGAUCUGGGGAGGCUGCUGCUGGGGCAAGGACGAAUGGAUAUACGGAGUACUUGACUUCUUUUACGGCGGUACAUCGGCGAAAAUAACCCACUUUACGGGUGAUUUUAUACAUCUACCUGGCUAGUAGCUAGCUAGCAGAGAAGCUGCUGGAUAAGAGACCCCGACGUUUGGUGGCGAGGCAGUGCGAAGGACAGGAAUGGAGGUUGUGGUUGAGUAUGAGUACGAGGCGCUCCAGGAGGAUGAGCUAACGCUGCGGCUAGGUGACGUGAUUAAGAAUGUGCGCUACAUCGAGGAGGACGGCUGGAUGGAGGGGGAUCUCAACGGGAAGAGGGGCCUCUUCCCAGACAACUUUGUUAAGGAAAUGAAGAAGGACUCCAAAGAGGUCAAGGAGACAAAAAAUGAACCAAAAGAGGAGCCCAGUGUGCUACAGAAGAGGGAGAGAAGUUCAGGGAAUGUGGCCAACCUGGUUCAGAGGAUGAGCACUAUUGGCAUCCCGACGGGCGGCUUCCAGCCUCAACCUCCUCAGCCUCCAGCAGCAGCAAGGAAGCCGAAGAAGAGGCAGUGCAAGGUACUGUUUGAGUAUCAGCCACAGAAUGAAGAUGAAUUGGAGCUCAAAGUGGGAGACAUCUUAGACAUCACAGAAGAGCAACUCUUGGAAAGAACAUUUAGCCCACAUUGGUGCUCUUUUGAUCGUCUCACUGAAGCCUCGCUCACUGUCAACCUCGCCAAAUGUGAGUUUGGUAAGGCGACAGUGACCUAUCUUGGGAGGGUGGUAGGCCAGGGCGAGGUCCGACCAGUACAGGCUAAGGUUAAAGCUAUACUUGAGUAUCCAUCUCCUACAACAAAAAAAGAGCUUAUGAGAUUCUUAGGCAUGGUGGGAUUGUCCCCUGAGGGCAAUUCCUGCUGUGGAGACACACACCAAUGCCCCCAGCCCUAUACAUUACUACGAGGCUCCUGCAGAGGAGACAUGGUUAUGGACCGAGACAGCUCUCCCAAAAUAGAGAUCAACUGA